AUGGUUGAGAUGGAAGAAGGAAGGCUGAGCAGAAGUGAAGAGUGGAGGAGGGAAGAUGAUCGGAAGCAGAGGGAGGGGAAGGGAUCGUUUACUGAACAAGCUCUAGGUUGUAGGGAGAUGACUUUGAUGAUGAUUUCAUCUUAUUUAAUGCCCGUGGCUUGGGAAGCCGGAAAGCCGCUGGUGAUUGAAGAAGUGGAGGUGUCGCCACCGCAGAAAAUGGAUAUAAUUUUGUUAUUAAUCUCAAAUCUUCAAUUAGUGCCAAAAUUUCAGGGGCAAAUUCCUGUAUUUCCUUGGAUUUUAGGACAUGAGGCUGGAGGGGUUGUGGAGAGUGCUUGGGAAGGAGUGACAGAUCUACACCCAGGGGAAUGCAAGGAAUAUUCUCACUAUAAGUCUGUAGAGUGCAACACGAGCAACCUUCUUAGGAUCAACACCGAAAGGGGAGUCAUGCUUCAUGAUUACAAUUUUAAUUCAACGGCAAAACCAUUUUCUAUUUUGUUGGGACUUCUACUUUCAGCAAGUACACGGUUGUUCGUGUCGGAUGUCUUGCAAAUAUCAACCCUCUUGCCCCUCUUGAUAAAGUAUGUGUCCUCAGCUGUACGUGGGAUCUCCACAGCCUGUGGUGCUUUUGGAAAAGGAAGACUUCCAUUUACUUCUUCUACAAUUGAUUUUGCAUAUACAACUCUAGGGAACAUCAUUUUGUUAGUCAUGGAUGUGGCUCAUAAAUUGUUAGUUUCAACCGUCAGUGUAAGAGGUAAUUGGAUUUUGACCCAAGUAGUGACAAAUUAUGUUAUUUUCAGCUACAUUUCCAGUUACAAUCAAAAGAGUUCAAAUACAUACGUGAAACAACCUUCUGUUGAGCUCAAAGAAUGGUGAUGAGAGACAAGUCCAGGAGCCACCAACUUCACGAGCCAAGCACAACAUGAUCGUCGCCAGCUGCCACCAUUCUCCAAACCUGGAAAAGUUAGUUGGGAGUUUAUCACAUCAAGUGGAGAGAAAUUGACACUUAGAAGUGUGCAAUUCAUGUUGAUUAUGAAACAUAUUGUUGAAUGGACCUGUGUCAAUUGUAAGCAGUUGAUUUUGUUUAUAUUCAGAGGUUUUUUUUUUUCAUAUUACUAUGGCAAAGUAGCCGUCCACCGGAUGAACUAGUACUUUUAUUGGUUGUUUGUAAGAUUGAUGUUUAUUAGUUUAAUUAAGAAUCUUAAUUUGUUCACGUAUGUUUCCAUAUUGCUUUGGUAUUUGUUUGUAUAUAUUGAAUAUUUUUAUCUACAUAUAGUGUGGUUAAUGUCUACACUUUAAAA